AUGUCCUACUCACCCUCUUCGAAGGGUCCACGACCCCGCACCCACGUUGAAAGCACUUUCACACUAAAUUUUAAACUUUCCUCGACGCACAUGCUGAGACGCUCUGAUGUAGACGAGCUAUACAGCACUGAUUGUGAGCAAUUCCCUGAAAUACAGCAAUUGAUCCAUGCAGGAAUCCAGGCUACAGGCACUGAUGGAUGCAAGGAUGAACUAGAAUCUGAGCUGUGUUGCAUCAAGGAACAGCUAAGCGGUGCAGAAGUCAAUAUUGCGUACCUUUUAGAAUGGGUGAGGGUGUACAGACACAGAUGGCUGGAAGAGUAUCACCGUGCCGAGAACCUUGAGGUCCUUAUGCCGGAUGACAUCGAUAUACCCCACCUUGAUCAAAUUCAAGAAGGCGCGCCUUCUCCCGGCUUCUCGCCAGAGUUUCUCAACAAAGAGCUUGCAACGAUUGAGGUGUGCCCAUAUGACCUUCCUGCACCAUAA